AUGCUCGCCGUGGUGGAAUUCCCAGUCCUGUCAAUAGUCAAGGCCCACUUCAUUGUCAACUGCAUUUUGGCAUCCCUAGCGGUUUGCGCUGUCGCUCUUCGCGUCUACAUAAGGCUUGCGUUCAAGACAGGUCUGGGCUGGGAUGAUGUCCUCAUCUUGAUUUCUGCUCCUCAAGGAGUAGGCAUGCUGGUGAUCCAGGGCUUGUGGCUACCAAUGGGCAUUGGAUAUCCCCUCACAGAAACGGUCGCUAAUAUUGGCGUGAUCCUUCGGCUCCUCGUGGCGUACGAACUCAUAUACGCAACCGCGAUAAGUUCGAUCAAGCUCUCAGUCUUAUUCUUCUAUCUCCGAAUGUUCGCCAGCCACAGUCUGAAACGAGCUACUAAGGUCGUAAUUGCUUUCGUAUCACUCUGGUCCAUCGGCAACAUCCUCCAAGUAUUCCUGAUUUGUCGCCCAUUUGCUGCAACCUACGAUCCCACCGUUCCCGGAACAUGUGGCGACCAAGUCGGCAGCUUCAUCGCAAUUGGAGCUUUCAACAUCAUUACUGAUGUGAUCAUCUUUUUCCUACCUAUAUGGACUAUUUGGCAUCUUCAGAUGAAGACCAGAGCAAAAGUGGGAGUUCUGGCUGUCUUCCUCAUCGGAAUCUUAACUUCCGUCUUCGGCAUUUGCCGGAUUGUUUCGCUCCUCAGUGUCGAUCUGAAGAACGACCUGACUGGCACAAUGGUAUACGCCGAUUUCCUCUCAACAGUCGAACCGAAUUUGGCAAUCAUAUGUGUCAGUCUCCCUGUACUUGCGCCACUUCUUACCUGCCUCAGAGCACAUAAUCAAAAAACCGGCUACAGGUCAGACAGGAGGACCACCGAUCCUGCAAAUUCAGGGAGUGCAGGUUUUAGAAAGCAUAGUAAACAAGAUAGCUUCAUUAGGCUGAGGGACCUUGGUGAAACUUCGUCCAACUUUAGCGCACCACAUCGAGCGGAGGACUAA